AUGGAUCUUAGCACGACGCCGAGAAGAGCGACGGACGGAGUGGGCGAUCUUCAGAAAACGAGGGUCGCGAAGAGCGUGUUCAGUAUCAGGAGUCUGGUCGACGUCGAGGAGGCGGAACUUCCGGCGACCGGUAUCGAGGAUGUUGACGGAUCGCACAAUCAUUCAACGCGAGGAGGUGGAGGAGGAGGAGGUGGUGGCGAACAAGCUGUCCCGCAGACGAGUCCUGCGAGCAGCACGAGUAGCUCGAGCCAGGUGAAUCAAGCGAGCGCACAACAGGUGAGCCAGCAAGCUCGGCAACAAUCGGUGCCGCCACCUACUACGACGACACCUCAAUCCACUCAAAUGGGAAUCUCUACGGAAGAGGUGAGAGCAACCGAGGAGGAGAGCAACCACCCUAGAGCAGCGCCGACCAGUCCUGAAAGCGAAGCCGAGGUCGACGACUUUGCCCCGAAAAGGAAGCAACGCAGAUAUAGAACUACCUUUACAAGCUUCCAACUGGAGGAACUCGAGAAAGCUUUCUCGAGAACUCAUUAUCCCGACGUGUUCACCAGAGAGGAACUUGCCAUGAAGAUCGGUCUUACGGAAGCACGCAUACAAGUCUGGUUUCAGAAUCGACGGGCCAAGUGGCGAAAACAAGAGAAGGUCGGGCCGCAGGCGCAUCCGUACAAUCCGUACUUGGGCUCAGGUGCGCCACCACCGUCGGCGGUCGUAGCGCCGACCUUGCCGAACCCUUUCGCCCACCUGGGCACGUUCGCCCUACGGAAACCGUUCGACGCGUUUCGUUACCCACCUCUGGGUCACGGACCGGUCCUUCCCGGUAGUUACACCGCUCAUCCCUAUCAUCGAGCACCGCCACCUUUGUUGCCACCUGGAAUGCCUCUGCCUUACACGUCGGCCGCAUCCUUCCAGAGCCUGUUGGCGAACAUAUCAGCGGCGCAAAGGCCAAAAUUGGUGCGCGGUUCGCCGCCUCCCCCGCCACCGCCCCCGCCAGCGCCGGCGAUCAAUCUGCCGCAUCCACCGGUUCCACCGCCUCCGUCUGCACCGACGGCCAGUUCGCCCCAAGGUUCGCCGACUGGCAGUGUCGGGUUACCGGACAUCGACAGGCGGACCAACAGCAUCGCUUCCCUUAGACUGAAGGCCAGGGAGUACGAGCUGCAUCUCGAGAUGCUUCGCAAGAACGGCGAUCUCAUCAGCUGAAGAGGUUCGCGCGUACCAAUGCCUUGCUAUUUCCUCCUAGAUAGAUCCUCGCGAUCGUAUCGAUUCGUAGACGAGGCGUACGACUGCGUGCGAUCUGCGCGUUCGCGGCUCGACUGGGGGGAUCGGCUCGUAGACGGGACCUUUCGCUUCUUACCUCGAUGCGCCUAUCGUUACCUACGAAUCCGAUAUCGGUACGCCUACGCCUUCGACUCGGCUAUUACCGUGUAGCUAAGAUCGCUAUUUAGAAUUUUACCAUCGUUACCCUACGCUCGUCGAUGUCGACUUCCGUAUAAUUACGUAGCUGAAUCUGUCGUCGUCUACGAGUCGAUUUUACCCUCGGUGUGCCUACCUUCUCAUCCGGAUCGAUCUCGAUCGCUUCUUCCCAUCGUUUCCCCUAACCUAGAAGCGAGGAUAGCGGCUACGGACGGGGCAAACGCGAUCAAACGCGCGCUUCUGUCCGCGCUUUCGCGUGUAUCGUGCAAGAUAUCAGCCAAAGAACUUACUACCAAGUGGGCGGACAUUUUGUAUGCAUUAAUUACGUUUACACGCGAAGGAAGGUUGAAACGAUAGGUAUUCUUGUUUCUGUGAUCGCACGUGCCUUCGUUACUCGACGUAAUCUUAAGAAUCGUUGAUCGUUUCGAAUCGCAUAAUACGGCAAUCUCUGAUACUCGAGACGAUAAUCGUUGACCGAACGUAACUUCGAGAUACCUUCUAUCGUCUCGUCGAUUCGCUACAUAUUUAAUGCGAUCCGAUAAUUUUCGACGAAAUUCGAGGCGUCUUCGAAUGAGUUCUAAGAUUCGUGAGUCGCGUCUGCGUUGACAAUUUCGACGAUUGUUGGGAAAACCUUGAUUCGUCCGAGUUUUCUGACGGUCGUUGGAAUUGCCAUUGCUCUUUAGCGUGGAUCGUGACCCAACGGAUCAACUUUUACGACGUCGUUCGUUUUAGAGAAGAACCGCAUACCUGUUCACGUACAAACGAGUUUCUUCAACCUUCCUCUUUAUCGUCGUAUACGCGACGUCGACUGCGCGUUCGAACGAGAACUAACAGAUAGAAUAAGAAGCUUAUUUCCCUCUACAAUACUGUAUAUAAUUUACAGUACCGGUGAAACGUCGCGAAUACAUUAUAUUCGCCCGAGAUAUUCGAGAACGUCUUUCAAACCCAUCGCGGUUCGCGCGCUUCUUCUCGCGACAGUGAUAUCCGCGCGCCUACAAUAAUUAUAUUCCGCUUUAUUAGAUUGUAGCGUGCAAAAUUCUUCGAAUUCGACUAAUUUUAUAUUUUAACAUCGCGCGACGGCCAUUCGAUAACGUACAACCUAGCAUAAUAUAUUCCUGAAACGUUUACGGACAUGCGUCUUGUUAAAAUUGUGAUUCGCGAGAAGCGAGUUUGAAAGACGAUUCGCGAAACCGCGUCGACGAACCGAGAACGUCUCUAGCGAAUUUUUAGAUAACUUUCUAGAUAAAUAUCAUCGAAAGAUGUCCGUCCAAAAGAUAAUUUUGUCGUCGCGACCAAGAAAAUCGAAAAAUUAUGUUUUCCCGUUCGCUCGUACGUAGUUUUCUGCGUUAGCUAUCGAUACACGUUUUUAUCCGAAGGCGAUUGACGUUACACAGUGUGGAUAAAUCGAAAAGUGUGUGUUUUUUUAAGGAAGGAAGGAUUUUCUGCGUCGCGACCAAGAACGUCCGAUAAUCGUUCGAAAACAGCGCGUAAUUCGUUUUACUUUUACACGAGCCAUCAUAGGCGUUUUAGAUAAGAGAAAGAGAAAAUGCUAUUUAUAAUUAUUACGAUUCUUCAAUGUUCAUACGACAUUACGAUAAGUUUUACGACUGUAAUAAGCACGUUCUUAGCGCGUAAGUUGCUACCCCUGUAAAUAAUCAACCGCGUAUGCGUUACAUCUUGCAGUUGUUUACUUGCGUUACAUUGUUGACGCAUUUUCCUUUCGUUUUUUCUUCCAAAAAUUUCUCCCCCACAUAAUCGCGCCGACCGCGAUGUCACAAGGAAGCAUACGUUACGAUCUCGAGGAAAUUAGCGUAAGAGACAAAUUGACGCUUUGACUGUCAUUCGCCAAGAGUCCAGACAGAUUUCUUUAUACACACUGUCGAACGCUUAGCAGAGAUUUAGACGUCGUUUCUGAUAGUAGCGGUGGCAGUCGAGGCGUUGAAGUUGUAACUUUUAAUUAAGGAUCUCGAAAAAAGACGAAACGGAGCACGAACAUCGAUGUCCAUUAUUGUACUUGUACGCUAGCUCCAUUCCCUUUUCCCUUAUUUUGCGACGAAUAAAUCACUAUGACGAGAAGGUGAAAAAGAGAGAGAGGGAGAGAGGAAGA